GAGCAGCUCGCCUACAAAAGUUUGGCUUACCAUCGAACAGAAACCCCAUCGCUAGUUUGGGGAGUGGACGUUAAACUGAAGAAGCAAGCAGAAGAAGUUUUAGAUCAUCAUGGAGAAGACGAUGAACCAGAACUUCAAGACCAAGAACUUCUAGACGAGCAUGAACAAGAAUUCCAUCGACACGAUUCCACCGUCGGAUCUGCAGUGGGGCAGCAGAAGUACGGAAACCUCUGGAAUUGGCUUGAGCAACAUUUCGUAGUGUCUAUGGCAGCACUAUGGCGUGCCCCAGGACUAGGCUCUGGAAUCGCAAACUUUGUCCGCG